AGGAGGGUGGACCAAGAGAUUCUCCAGAGACAGCUCCUAAAGGACUUGACAGGAAUGACCAUGCAUUGGUUGCGGAAACUCCAGGGGGUUUGCACCCUAUGGGGAGCACAGAUGUUUAGCCGCUCAUUGCAUACCCAUGCCAGACAACUGGCACCCCUGCCGUGGGGCUCCCAAGAAGUUCCCAACAAGUUUAACUUUGCUAGUGAAGUGAUGGAUCACUGGGCUGGCAUGGAGAAGGCUGGCAGGCGACCUCCAGGUCCAGCCCUAUGGUGGGUGAAUGAUGAUGGAGAUGAGGUGAAGUGGAACUUCAGCCAGCUGAGUGAACUCAGCCAACAGGCGGCCAAUGUCCUCUCGGGGGUGUGUGGAUUGCAGCGUGGGGACCGUGUGGCAGUGGUACUGCCCCGAGUGCCAGAGUGGUGGCUGGUGACCCUGGGCUGCAUGCGAGCAGGCCUCGUCUUCAUGCCCGGGACUGUCCAGAUGAAAGCCAAAGACAUUCUCUAUAGGCUUCAGCAGUCUAAGGCCAAGGCCAUCGUGACUGGGGAUGAAAUGACCCAAGCAGUGGACACAGUGGCACCUGAAUGCCCUUCUCUUAAAACAAAACUACUAGUAUCUGAAAAAACGCAGGCUGGAUGGCUGGACUUCAAGACACUACUCCGAGGAGCGUCUACCACGCAUCACUGUGUGGAGACUGGAAGCCAAGAAGCAGCUGCCAUCUACUUCACCAGUGGGACCACCGGUCUCCCCAAAAUGGCAGAACACUCCCAUGCAAGCCUGGGCCUCAAAGCUAAGAUGGAUGCUGGCGUGUGGACAGGCCUGAAAACUUCUGACAUAGUGUGGACCAUCUCAGACACAGGUUGGAUACUGAAUAUCUUGAGCUCACUUCUGGAAUCUUGGACAUCAGGGGCAUGCACGUUCAUUCAUCUCUUGCCAAAGUUUGACCCACUGGUCAUACUAAAGGUGCUGUCCAGCUACCCAAUUAACAACCUGGUGGGUGCCCCCAUUGUUUACCGGAUGUUGCUACAGCAGAACCUUUCCAGUUACAAGUUUCCACAUCUACAGAACUGCUUCACUGGAGGAGAGGCCCUUCUUCCAGAAACUCUAGAAAGCUGGAAGUCCCAGACAGGACUGGACAUCCGUGAAUUCUAUGGCCAGACAGAAACGGGACUCACUUGCAGAGUUUCCAAGACAAUGAAGGUCAAGCCUGGCUCCCUGGGAACAGCAAUCCCCCUUUAUGAUGUGCAGAUUGUGGAUGAUGAGGGCAAUGUCCUGCCCCCUGGCACAGAAGGAGACUUGGGCAUCAGGAUCAAACCCAUCAGGCCUAUAGGCAUCUUCUCUGGCUAUGUGGACAAUCCCCAGAAGACGGCAGCUAACAUUCGAGGAGAUUUUUGGAUCCUGGGAGAUCGUGGAAUCAAGGACCAAGAUGGCUAUUUCCACUUCAUAGGACGGGCAGAUGAUAUCAUUAACUCUAGUGGGUACCGGAUUGGGCCCUCAGAAGUGGAGAAUGCACUCAUGGAGCACCCCGCUGUGGCCGAGACGGCUGUGGUCAGCAGCCCGGACCCCACCAGAGGAGAGGUAGUGAAGGCGUUUGUGGUCCUGACCCCACAGUUUCUGUCACACAACCAGGAUCAGCUCAUUAAGGAGCUGCAGGAUCAUGUGAAGUCAGUGACAGCCCCAUACAAGUACCCCAGGAAGAUGGAGUUUGUCUUGGACCUGCCCAAGACUGUCAUAGGGAAAAUCCAUCGGACAGAGCUUCGAAACAAGGAGUGGAAGAGAUCAGGAUGA